AUGCCUUUCUCUAUGAAAAAAAGCACACAAUCCAAGUUGGGAUCACAGGAUGUAGCACAAGACCUGGAUAUACUGAAUAAAUAUAAGGUCACUCACAUCUUGAACGUUGCUUACGGAGUGGACAAUGCUUUUCCAAAUGAAUUCACUUACAAAAAAAUGUCUAUAUUGGAUCUUCCAGAGACAGACAUUGCUUCCUUUUUCCCAGAAUGCUUUAAUUUUCUAGAGAAAGUAAAACUCCAGAACGGAGUGGUGCUUGUUCACUGCAAUGCAGGAGUUUCCCGUGCACCAGCAAUAGCUACUGGUUUCUUAAUGUAUGAUGAGAUGAAUUUUGCCAAAGCCCUUUCCAUAGUAAAAAAUUCAAGGCCUGCAGCUUGCCCAAAUCCUGGCUUCAUGGAGCAACUUUAUAAGUACCAAGAAACCAUUAGAAGACCUGAAGAUAUGAUGCAUGAGAAGACAGAUUGAAAUUUCUGUCAAUAUCAGAAAUUG